AUGACGACCGAUAUCCGAAUCGCCCAACUAAUCGGCACUCUGGGCUGCGGCAUCACAGCCGGUGGCAUGAUGUGUCUCUCAGUGGUUACAGUUCCCGCACUCUCCCUCCCUCCCCGCCAUCCUCCCUCCGCCACUCUUCCAGAACACGAAUUCCCCGCAACCCCGGUCACCCACCUCAGUCGCCAAUGGCUUUACGUCUACGAGCGCGGCAAGAGUAUCUUCCCGCCUAUCGCCAUAGUAGCUUCUACGGCAAACGCCUAUCUCGCCUGGAGGCUGUAUGAUGUCCGGGUCCCCGAAAGGGUGGGCUGUAGCUGGAGCAGCCUGUAUAUUGCGGCCAUCGGGACCACUUUGGGGAUUAUUCCAUGGACAUUGACAGCAAUGAAGACGGUCAACGGCCACUUGAAGGCGCAUGCUGUGAGGGAUGAUGCUUCGAUGGCAGAGGGGAGUGGGGAGAUGGUUGUGAGUGCAAAGGAGAAGGCUAUGCGGGCGAAGCAGGAUGAGCAGGUGCCAGGCUUGAUGCAGGAUUGGGCAUGGCUGAACUUGUGCCGGGCAGUAUUUCCGCUUAUUGGGGGUGCGAUUGGUUUCGCCGGGGCGAUUUGUAUGGAUUCUAUUUGA